AUGCCGGCGCAGAUCGCGGACACCACGCGUGGCCCGUCUGGAGCGGUCCCAGGGGCCCCUGCUCAACACAUGGCACCGGAUACUAACGAAAGUCAAGGCCAAUCACACCACUUGGGUCUCAAAGAAGAAGAUAUUGCAAGCAGGGGCUCCGGGGACACUCGGUCUGCCUCCGCGCAGAGAUCUUUGGACACUAUGAUUGACUUGGAAUCCCAAGAUUCCGAAGAUGAUUCUGAAAUUUCUCCAUUGUCGGACUAUCUCCCUCCAUUGCGUUCAGCUUCACGAUUAGUUCGCUUCUUCCCAGAGCUAUCCUCACACUUUUCCGUUGUCUCCCCGGUCAGCGCUGAUUCCAAUAUGGACCGCUCGAUGGGACACUCAUUCUUCGAGCGGGAACUAGAAGAACGCGUGCAGACUUUAUAUCGAAGUUCUGCAGACGUCGCUCCGGAUGCACAUGGGUCUGUCGAUCAAGCGGAGAUUACCCUCCCAUCUUCUGGAUCUGAUGAGACUUUGGAUUGUGCUUCAUCAUGCUACAGUCCUCGCUCUUCGGUGACCAGUGUCGGCAGCACGUUUUGGGGAGAUGAUGAACGAUACCCUUACAAAACGGCUGAUGCAUACUCGAUCUAUUCCCCUGUCGCCGCCGGCGUCUUUGACGAUGCCCAUUCCAUAUGUUCGUCGCGGCCUUCCUCAAUAGUGGCGCCCUGCCACCUGCACGUGUCAAAACCCGCCUGCGCAAUCCCCAUCACCAAAGAGGUAUCAAUCAACGACCUCAAGAACAAGCCCUUGCCACUAGAGCCAUCCUUCGCUCCCAGUUCAGCCGCAAGUAACCCCAGCGACUCCCCCCUUUCGGCGGUUUCACCACGCUUCAAGUCACAGUGGUCAACACAAUACUCCAAGAGAGACUCGCUGAUCCCGUUGCAACACCCCGCCACGGUGAGCCAUGGCGACUGGAAAAAAUCCAUGAUACACCGGUUGAAUAACCACCGACAAUCCGACAAUCCAUGCGAUACUUGCGGACACAGUCAGCGUCAGCCGCAGCGUCAUGGUCGACAACGGUCAGAUCUGGUGAUCGCUGGUCGUCGAGCCCGCCAUGUCCCAACAUUGUCGCAGGCUACCGAGGAACUCGAAGAUGCCCUCACGGCCCUGGCUGAUCAAGAUUUGUCUCACAAGACACUGCUGAUCCUCGAUGGGCCGUUGCAGAUCAGCCGCCAUAACGGGGACUUGAUUGCUACCCGGCCCGCGCCCCUCCCCCCUUCCACGAAGCCUCACUCACAAACACCACAAGGGAAAUCGGCACUGAAGGACAGCAGUCGGGUCAACACGAUCAAAUCGAGAGACCUAAGUUCAACCAAAGAAAAAAGCCAAAACCUCAGUAAGAGGGAGGCGAAAGACGAGCCUCGUCGGUCGGGCAGGGAUAAGGAGAUGGAGAUGGAUGAGAAGCCCGACGCAAAAAAUACUCCAACUUCCAAGGAAAACAUCAAAAAAGCGAAAUCCAAGAAAUCUUUCCUGGCAUUUCGCAAGCAAAGCCAAGCGCCGCGCGAUGCAGUUAGCGUCAGCUCACGGUCGGAGGACUCCCUCCACAUGACGUUGGAAUCGCAUUCUGCCGAUCCCCUUGACCUGGCCCCCACGCGCGACAGCCUGCUACUUCAAUUACCUCGUCUACAAACUAACCAUCUCGGGAAUCCCUUCGACACCGUUGCGGAAAAAGCAGUGUUGUCGGGUAGCCCCGGCCUAGUCGCCAUGGAGGGCGUGAAACUAGAGGAGAAGCCCAUAGCCUCCAAAAUCCGUCAGAGCUGGGCUUUGGUCUCGACUGCCCAGGCGAGCAGCGUCCAACUCACAGAACACAUCUAUGAACUUCCCGCUACUCCCCCGUCGCCUUCAUCCGCGCUCCCUUCCCAGGCCGAGCGCAAUGUCCCAGUCAAUAUCACUCUUCCCGAAGAUAUGCCGAUGGAUUUGAUUCUGUCAAUCAUGCAGAACAUCGACUCUCUGGAUGACCUUUUCAACUUCGUCCUCGUCAACAAAAAGAUCUACACCGCGUUCAAAGGUCGCGAGCUGCCCAUGCUGAAAAAUGCCCUGUUCAAGAUGUCUCCGCCCGCUUGGGAAAUGCGUGAGAUGAGUCCGCCAUGGGAAAUUGAGUGGCAGCCACUUAUAGACCCCGACUCCCAGGUUCCGGAGUACACUCCCACGCUGUAUCUGCAGAGGUACGCACAGGAUAUCUACACCCUUGCCAAGCUGAAGACGUUGGUCCUUGCGCGAUGCGCUCCGUUCCUGCGUCGCGAUACCAUUCGUGGUCUGGCGGGCGUGGAUAACACCCGCGCUGAGGAAGUCGACGAUGCGUUCUGGCGACUGUGGACCUUCUGUCGGAUUUUUGGUAGUGGCAAGGGGCGGGAGAAUGAUAUCGCUGGCCAAAUGGACUGGUUGAAGGGUGGUGUGCAGGCGAAGGAUCAUUUCACCUCAGCUUCGACGAUGACCCAGCCUUUCGGUAUGAAUAAUGUCCUAUUUGAACCGCCCGAGGGAUUCGGUCGUGGGAAUCUUUCUGGUCUAUCGCAAAAGCAGAUGUACGAUCUGACGGAGAUCUGGACAUGCAUGGGUGUUCUGUUACAGCCGUUGCAUGGAAAGUGCAUUGAAGCUCGCAAGGUGGGCAUUUUUGAUGGCAUGAAUGUCCCAGAUGGUGAUCUAGCUCGCGAAGAAACCGUUCUCGAGGAGUGGACUUCAUACAUUCUCACGCUCGGUCUGGGCGCAGUGUUAACACUCAGCUCAGUCUGCCCGGCCGAUACCACUGCCGCCACAUUCACUAAAGCGAAGUCAAUUGGUCUCGCCAAAUGGGAACCAACCGAAACCGAAGCAAGUCGAUCAUCAUUCCUGAAAGAAGCAGUCUCGCGCGCCUACGAGCUCCAAGAACGUGCACUCGACAGCCCUAACGAAACAAGCCCGCAAAAAGCAAGCCCCGUCGAAAACGACCGCGAGAUCCGUGAGCGCCAAGCUGGAUUCGCCCACGAGCUUCGUCGCCGCCGUGAACGCGGUCUCGAUGCAGACCCCACAGGCCGGUUAUCCUUCUCUGCCGAACGCCCUAUGUCGGAGUUCAGCACUAUUGUCCAUAAUCUCAACGGCUCGAUUCGAGGUCACCGGCCCGCUCAAUCUGUGCCUUCUGUGCCUGCUCUCGUUCUUGACAGGUCGACCUCAACUGCUGGGACGGCUCCUCGUACCCCGACUCACCCAUCCGAUCCUUCCACUGCCUUUGCUUCGUCGUACAAUCCUCCGCCUCUGCGGCCGCAGGUCCUGGACCCUGUUGACCGCGCCAUUGAUAUGAUGGUCAAUCAGCUUGGCUUUAGUCCGCAAGAUGCUAAGUGGGCUCUUAAGAUUACGGAUACUGGUGAAGGGAUUGAUGCUACUGCUGCUGUGCAGUUGCUUCAACGUCAGCGGAAGAAAAAUGAGCGCAAUCCCUAUGGUCAAGGCGAUACCCUGCUGUCGGAUGUUAUUAAGCGUCAAAAGUCACAAGAGUUGGGCUGGCGCUGGGCUUGA